UCGUUUAGUUUCUGCCAACAGCGACGGGAGACCGAGAACUACUUGGCCCAGAGAGCCAAGCGCCGAGCGCGUUCAGGUUUUAGGCAUACCCCGCCAACAAUCUAGAUUAAACAAGAGCCGGCAUAUACAGGAGCAGGGAGUGCACUGUACCCCCUCCCUAUGCCACCCCCACGAUGCCCCUGUCCCGCUGGCUGAGAUCUGCGGGGGUCUUCCUGCUGCCAGCCCCCUGCUGGGCGCCCAGGGAGAGGUGGCGGCUGCCCUCCCUGGUGCAAGGGUGCCCAGUCCCGGGGGCCUGGCACAGUGCCCGCUGCUGGUGCCAAGUGUGGACAGAGGAGCCUCGAGCACUUUACUCCUCUCUCAGAAUGAACGGAGACCAGAAAUCAGAUGUUUAUGCCCAAGAAAAGCAGGAUUUCAUCCAGCAUUUCUCUCAGAUAGUCAAGGUGCUGACUGAAGAUGAGAUGGGGCACCCAGAGACAGGAGAUGCUAUUGCUCGACUUAAGGAGGUCCUGGAAUAUAAUGCCAUUGGAGGCAAGUACAACCGGGGUUUGACGGUGGUGGCGACAUUCCAGGAGUUGGUGGAUCCAGGAAAACAGGAUGCUGAUAGUCUCCAGAGGGCCCUGACAGUGGGCUGGUGUGUGGAACUGCUGCAGGCUUUCUUCCUGGUGUCAGAUGACAUCAUGGAUUCAUCCAUUACCCGCCGGGGACAGCCCUGCUGGUAUCAGAAGCCAGGCAUAGGUUUGGAUGCCAUCAAUGAUGCUCUGCUUCUGGAAUCCUGUAUCUACCGCCUGCUGAAGUUCUACUGCCGGGAUCAGCCCUACUAUUUGAACUUGAUUGAGCUCUUCCUGCAGUGUUCCUAUCAGACUGAGAUCGGGCAGACCCUGGACCUCAUCACAGCCCCUCAGGGCAAUGUGGAUCUUGGCAGAUACACUGAAAAGAGGUACAAAUCCAUUGUCAAGUACAAGACAGCUUUCUACUCCUUCUACUUGCCUAUUGCUGCUGCCAUGUACAUGGCAGGCAUUGAUGGGGAGAAGGAACAUGCCAAUGCCAACAAGAUCCUGAUUGAGAUGGGAGAGUUCUUUCAGAUUCAGGAUGAUUACCUUGACCUCUUUGGUGACCCCAGUGUGACUGGAAAGGUUGGCACUGACAUCCAGGACAACAAGUGCAGCUGGCUGGUGGUUCAGUGUCUACAACGGGCAACUCCAGAACAGCGUCAGAUCUUGCAGGACAACUAUGGGCAGAAGGAUGCCAAGAAGGUAGCCCAGGUGAGGGCACUGUACGAGGAGAUGAAUCUGCCAGCUGUGUUCUCUAAGUAUGAAGAAGACAGUUACAGCCACCUUAUGAGUCUCAUCGAGCAGUAUGCUGCGCCCCUGCCCCCCACCAUCUUCCUGGGGCUAGCCAACAAGAUUUACAAGAGGAAAAAGUGACCUAGCGACUGCAAGGGCAGGGAGGGUGGGCUCUCAAUAAAUUAU